UUUGAGAUGUGGUCACUAACAUAAAGCAGUAGCCUUAGUGGUGGUGUGUGCUGCCUUCUGCCAGCCUGUGUCUUCUGUUCUGUAGUAGCUGUCCCCCCUAGAUGCAUCUUUUUUUGAGGUGUUACAUCUAGGCUUUCCUGUCCACUUUUGACUGUAUUAUUUUCCAGCCAUUUUUUGGUGUCGUUCCUUAGACACUUGUCUUAUUGGAUAUCAAUUUUUUUUUUCUAAUUUUUUUUUUUGACUUUUGUUUCUGCAUCGUCUACUCGUAAUCAUUCUAUAACGUCAUUCCACAAGACAUCAUCAAGGAGGUGGGCAUUUAAAUGUUCCGGGCGGCUCUUCCAGAAACCGGUACCCAGCACCCGACGGUACCCAGCACCUACUCCAUUGAGGACGCUACAAACCUCCGAGAACGGCUCACCCGGUGGCAGCCAGUCUUCACCGUACAUUCCAAUUUUUCCACUUUCCAUUUCUCCGAAUCCUUGCCGGGACACCGUUUCUCUGUCGCCACUCGCCACAUCGUCGACUCCAUGCCCGCGGGGAACCAGUGAAAACGGAGCGAUCCUGCAUGAGUUUGUUAGCGCGAGCCUUCGCCGUUGUGUUUUCUCCUGGUAUGGUUACCGGCCCGGCAGCUUACAUGACUAAGAAACAGAAACAGAAACGGAGCAAGAAGAGCAGGAAGAGUGCUGUUGCUAAGGAACUGGAAAAGCAAGACAAAAAAUUACUUGCCCUGCGACUCAAGCUCAGACGGCCCAGGGAAGAACUUGUCAGCCAAGGAAUUAUGCCUCCUUUAAAAUCUUCGCCAGGAUUCCAUGAGCAGCGGCAAAGGCUAGAAAGAGCAAAGGUUGGGGACAGUUUGCAGAGAAAGAUCCGUCUUCGCCCUGAGAAGUCACACCUUGUCAAUCAGCACAUCUUGGCAGACACCCAUGUGGACCCGCUGGUCAAUGCCACGCAACAGCGACUCAAACGCUCCCGUCUAGAGCAAGACCUGGACAGUAAGAUCAAGAACCGGCCCGGCCCCUUGGAGCUGAUUGAGGGCAAUAUCCUGAAGACGGAGAAUAUGCUAGUGGAACAGGCUGUCAAAGAUGGCAAGGUGAAGUUUUUAAAGACAAACAGCCUUGACAUUGGUCCUUAUGAGUUUGACGAAGACAGCCAAGAAGGCUUCAGUGACGAGGCUCUGUCGCCCUCACAGUCUGACGUCAGUCAGGCCGAAUCACAACUCAGCAGAGGGAGCCUACCAUCUGCGCAAAGUUCCAGCGCCUUUGCAGACCACUCCAAAACCCUGCAACAACAGCAGCAACAGUUACAGCAGCAGCAAAAACAGCAGCAGCAGCGGUCCAGUGUUAGCAGUCCCUCACAGUUGCUCUCACCCAAGGCCGGGCAGACGUUUGUCACGAUCAAACAGGAGCCAGGACUCAUCAGCCCUCCUCCAAUCACCAGCAACAGUUUCACGCCGAUAUCUGCAGUGUCAAACAUAACCCUGUCCUCUGGGAAGGUAACCCCCUCCCCUAGGCAACCCCGCAAGAAACAGACUAAGCGGCCCAAGCCGAAAGAGAUCAAAUUCCAUGAGUACAAACCACCCAACGAGCAGUCCAGUAAGCCCCAGCAGGCCAGCACAGUCAGCAAUCCCUACAAUCUACUACUCAUGCAGCAGCAGUUGUACCUGCAGCUGCAGCUGCUGCAGCAGCAGCAGCUGAUUCUGCCCAACACAGCCAACCAGAAACAGAACACCGCCAGUGCCUCAUCAUCCAAUACUUCAGUCACCUCCACGCACACUACUUCCAACCCAACAGCGACGACAACUGCUGCUGCUGGUGCUGCUGUGCCAACAGCUCCAGUAACCCCACCAGUGCCUGUGGCUGUCAAGCAGCAGCCCGAUGUCAAACCCAACAUCGCCGCUUUGCAAGGGAAACCUCGCGGUCUGUCCAACCUGGAGGACAUGAAAGUCUCUGAACUAAAACUUGAGCUGAAAAACCGCGGACUUCAUGUAUCAGGCACCAAACCCCAGUUGGUUGAACGCUUGCGGCCGCACGUAGAACAACAGGUCACCACGUCAGCGACCUCACCGAAUGAGGUCAGCACCACAACUGUUACAUCGAGUACUAGAGUCUCAAGUUCCACAGACCUAGAUGUGCCCUUUAGCGAAACUGCUAGCACUGUGCAGGGUUCACUGAGCACACCUCCAGUAUCUCCCGAGUAUCGCUCUUCAUUUUCUGUAACAUCAGAGCCCAUGUCACCUGGGAGCGCAUUUGAUCCCAUGUCGCCCCCCACAUUCCAAAACGUGCUGACUACACCUGUGUGUAGCCCUGACACCGUCAGUACCACCAAUCAGCAGACUAUGAGUGGGUCCGGACGGGAAGGUAGCCCCUUUGACCAGACCAUGCCUACGCUAGAAUCCCCCCAACCACUCCCUCCAGCUUCCAGCAUCCUGCCAGUAGACAUCCUCAACAGUGACAACACCACCCAGGACAUGAUGGACGUCUCGUCCCUGGACACCAACACUGCCGGCAGCCAGAUCAGCAAUGACCUACUUCUCCAGCAGCAACUUAAGAUCCAGGAGCUGGAACGAAUGCUGCAGCUCUCCCAGAUGCAGCUCCAAAUGCAGCAGCUUCAGCAGCCUAAUCUGUCGCCCCUGUCUCUCUCUCAAUCCAGCACCCAGCAACACCAGCAGCAGCAACAGUCGCCUGCUGGAAAGACAACUACUCUAUCCCCGCAGCAGUUGCAACCGGAAGGUAAACCCAGCGCCUUCAUGUUCCACAGCAAAGAUUUCGCCCACACGCUGAACCAACAGCCCAAGGUCUUCUCCUUUGCCACACCGCCACCCAACGGCCAACCGUUUCUCUUCAGCAAGCAGCAAAGCCCCGACACCCAGUCCAUUGCUCUACCCAACGGCAUGGUAGCGUCGAAAGCUGCUUCAUUACCCAGCAGCCCCACAGAGAGGAAUGUCCUUGGCAUUGGUUCUGGCAUGACACGGUCCGUCACUCAACCCACAUUUGCCAACCCGCCUCCAAACUAUGAAGAAGCUGUCCGGCAGGUAAAAGAGAGGAAGAGCCAAGGCAACACCCCCGUGAAUGGUUCUCCUGUGGGAUCACCGCCGAAAGGGAACAUUGCUAACAGCGACCCACGGAGCACCAAAUGUCAAGAUCUGGAUGACUUACUGGAGGUUCUUGUGGAUCAUGGAUAUCAAAUCCCAAUCACACCAAAGUUCCGGGACAUGCAACGAACACUUCACAACUCAACAGGAGGCCUGACAACAAUCACCCACUCUGUCGUGCGUGGCCGCGGAGGCUCGAUUGAUCUGAAACUCCCUGUCCCAGGACCCUCCCCUCCUCCUCCCAUGACACACUCAUACCCGUCCACGGACCUGCCCAUGGAGGUGGACCCCACAGAUCUGAACAUAUCCUCCCUGGACUUGGGGGAUACCAGCGGUGGGGGAGGGAUGGCCAGGGGAGAGCGGACAGGCCGGACCCUAUCAGCCCCCUUUGACAUCCCUAUGACCACCAUCGAUGCUUGCGAGACCAGCAUGGAUACAGGGAAGGAUGUCGGGGCUUCAGGCUCCACCAACCCAGACAAUGAUUUGAACUGGUUAGACCUGGUCAUCCCUAGCUCUGCGUCCGGACUUACGCCAGUCAGUGCCACACCGCCAACAUUCAACAUGGAUGGGGCGUUUGGGGCCACUCUCGGGAAGGACCCCUUCCCCCUGAAUCUAUUAGACCUCAAUGACAUCAGCACUCCCACGGACCUACAUCAUCUUGAAGACGAUGUAUGGGAUAACAUCCCUAUCGCGGAGUGAAGGGUUGCUGGUUGAAGUGAUUCCUGUUUCUCUAUGGAGUAAUAAAGAGUCAACCUGGAUAUCCCUUCUGAUCCAGGCAAGGGUUCCUAAAUAGACGAUAUGAAGGAUAACGGCAUGGAUAUUGUACAAGCAUCUUUGUGCUAAAUAGCAGAAAGGCGAUCAGUUUCACAGAGAGUAGAGCGUUAAAAAGUGGUUCCAAGAAUGUUCUUCCUAGAGUUGGCUUUGAAAAUUAUUCAGUGGUUCCUGUGUUUGGAACAUCUGUGACAGAGUUGUUGCAAGAAGCAAUGAUUCAAAAAAAAAAAAAAAAGACAUUCCCAGAUAAAGGUGGAAUUUACUGCAUUUUGUGGAUUACGAUAAAAUAUGGCAAACUGUGUGCUACAAGGAAAUUAGAGAUGGCAAAAGGCAAUUGAUGACGAGCAGAACUGGGACAGCAUUUGGAUGCUGUUGGAGACUUGUUCUGGCAGUUGGCAUUUGCUGAUGGUGUUUUUUGGUGUGAGCACCAGAAACAAGAGGUUAAACCAUAGAUUUAUUGUGUUGUGAUUCACCGAUUGGGUGGCUUGGCACGGUCAUGCCUUGCUACUUUAUUGGACUGCAAAUAUCAGGCUAUUCACUGUUUGUGAAUUUCGGUGUGUUUUUUCUGAGAGAGAGAGAAUUCCACUGCUGAAGAGUCAAUAAUCCUGUAAAGCCUCUGAAUUUAAGAAACAACAGAGACAUUCAAAGGCUCAUUUGUUUCUAGAUUUUCAGGGUGCUAACAUUUUCAAAUGAGAACAAAUUGUGAUCCAUCUUGCGGUUUGUCCUUUUUGUAAUAGUUUGCAAACCAGUAUGGCCGCCCAAGGAUCUGUUUUCAGUGUACAGAUGUCUUUUAAGAGUCAUUUCGGGAAUACAAUUUUCACGGCUGCAACUUGAGUUUAGGUCCGUGUUGUUCAUUGUAACUUCAUCGAUAGGUGGAUCUUUGAAUUUUGUAUAUAAUGUAUCAUAAGCAAAAAAAUACUUUUUUUUCCAAGCAAAAUUUAUUGAUGGAACCAUUUUGGUUUUUAUGCAAACUAUGCAGCUUGCGCAACACAAAAAAAUAAAAGCCUCAAUGAAUUCUGCACUGAAAUUUUUGUGUUGCCAGGACAACGCCAAAGCAUUUGGUACCAUGACGACACAGGCACUGAGUUUUGGUGCCAAGUGUACAUAGAUGUAUUAAAAAAAGUAAAGACAACAAAAUAAACCAUGAUUCCUUUUUUAUGAAGCACAUAGAAAUGGUGCAUAUUUUUUUCCUUCUGCAAAUGUAUAAAUUCUGCUAAGAUUUAAAGUCCAUGAAAUCCAGUGCGUCAUUAUUCUUGAUGAAUGGAUUUUAAUUUGCCAUUUUCUUGUGAUUUGAGUAAAUAUUCAGAUACCCUGCGUUACUUCCUCGUUUGUGUUUUGGUAAAAGUGGCAAUUUUUAAAAAAGGGUGCAUUUAUUUUCAGACGGUUACUAUUUAACCACUUUGGGAUAACUGUUUGUAUUGUACAGAUAAAGUUAAAAAAUAACAAAUUGUAAAAAUUGAUAGACGAGAAAAGCUCUUUACAGAGAGUUAAGACUUUGUAAAUUGUUAUGCUUACUGUUGGGUCUAUUUUGCAAAAGUUGCAUUGUGUUAUUUAUAUUGAACUAGAAGGUAAUGUUUGUUACACUUAUUAUAGUAUGUGUUUAAAUAUUUAUAAGUCUUUUGCAUAUGUUACUAAUGUUUUUUUUCCAGUUGAGAAUAGUUUUCGGCUUUGUCUGAACUGAAGUUUCAUUGCUAUAUUUACAUCUCAAAUUUGGAUCUACUGCACAGAUUGGACCGUGUCAGUCUAAGAACUUCAUGGAGCCUUUUUAUUGUAAAUUUCUACAGAGUUUUUCCCUGGCUGUCACAAGAUCCUAAAAAGAAAACAACUUGUCUUCUAUUUAGUGUUGUUGAUUGUUUCAAACGCAGUUGGCUCUUAAUUUUGCUGAUUUAUUCAAAUGCUUAUCCUUAGAUGCCUGAACGCCAGUGUUAUUAAAAAUGGUUGAUUCCUGUUCUAUAAGAUCUUUUUAAUUGAUCUUAAACUCCAAAAUCAACCUUUUAUAAAAAGUACCCGUCAGUGUUCUGAUAAGUCCACACAGUAACACUGUGAUAUAGACUAAUCAAACUGUGACGGUUGUAAGUGUUAAAUACUAGGAGUAGGAUAUUAAAACCUCUUCACUUGAACAACUUCCAAUCAGAUCAAUGAACACCCCCCUCCAUUGAAAUUACGAAAUUCUAACAGUGAGGACAAUACUAAUGUUGCCAUUGCUGAUCUGCAAAGUACAUGUAAACAAUGAACUUUAAAUUUGUUAGUACUGUGGCAUCCUAUUGGAAUCUGUCACAUCAUGUGCAGUUUUCUAAAAAAAAAAUUAUUGUUUUUUUUAUCAUUUAUCGCUAAAACAUGUACUUAAUUUUACUUUCCUUGAAUCAGUAAAGAUGUAGGAAUGCCCAUAUAAAAUAUAUAACUACAUGUGUAUGUAAUGAACAAAGGUGAUGCGAUUAAGCUGAAUGAGUCGUUUAUCGACCCUGGUAAAUUUUGUUCACAGUUUUGGAAAAGAGCACAAUCUCAGCAUUACUGAUAAGAAAACCGCACGCUGAUACCAUCUUUAGUUAAAAAAUUAUGGAGGUCGGAACACCAAGAGAUGUGAUGAAGUGAUGUGAUGAAGUGGCCCUAUUUUGGCCUGAAUCCCCAAAUGAAAGUUCCUGACAAAUGACUCAUUUAGCUUGAUCGCAUCACAAAUAUCAACUGAACCUUGAGACUGUACCGUAUAUCGUAAUUCCUAAAUAAGAAGGCCUAAAAACAUGUAGAUAUUAUUUUUUUAUUUUUGGUAAGUAUUAUACAGGGCCACAAUGCUAAAUUUUAGGGGAAAACUGUAUAGAACAAAUGUUGAACGGUAAAUUAAUCAAAUUAACAUGUAUGAAGAUAUGUCAAGAUGAAUUUCUCUUUUGAAAGUCUGACUGUACAGUAAAUAAUACGUUCCAGAAGCGUCGGAUGGGUUUUACAGUAUAAAUUGUCGCAUUUACAGCAAUGUACAUGAAUUUUAAAAUUAUAAUUCUUUAAGCUUCUAACAAGAUUAUAAAUAAAAAGUUUGGAUAAAUUCCAAGAAGAAAUAUAUGAACUGUUUAAUCUAUAGUGAUGGUGUGGGACAACUAAUUGUUGUUAUCAAAGCAUUUUUGUAUGGAGAAUGCUUGAAACACUUGGUAGACAGAGAACUGGCUAAUGUGGUACCAGUUGGAUUAAGUUGGUGCCUGACAAAAAAUGUAAUAUGUAUGAUUCUAUUUGUUCACAGGUAUGACACAGGUGCCAUUUUAAAAGGCAAGCAUUUUCCAUACAAAAAAUAUUUUGUAUAAACGAGAACUCUUAACCCCUUUACCAAUCGGUGGUUUAAAGGCUUGUACUAGAAUUUAACAGUCAUAAACAAAUUUCCGAAACAAUUUUUCCAAGAUUGCUUGGGAAAAGGCCUUUUGCUAAGAACUCUGAACUUGCAGUCCAGAGGCUCAGGGUUCGCCACUAACUAAACUUUGUCUUCUGAAACUUUAAACCCUGUACCUUUGGUAUGCGUGGCAAUGUGGAUGUGAACCCCUAAAUUAUAUUGAAACUAGAAGUCAAAUGUGAUGUGUAAAGGAAAUGUUUUUGGCUUCAGUUCAGUUAAUAAUGAAUUUGAAAACCACAAGUUCACAUCCCCAUUACUUGUGUUGAUUUUAUCAAAGUCUUCCUCUUUAAAUGAAUUCCUUUUUCCUCUGCUGACGCACUCUUUACACCUGAAUGUUGCUUUUCUUUUAAUCGCACGAUGCCCUGCAAUGAUAUUCACUGUUUUUUAUUUGACUAUUGUUUCGUCGGGAUACUGAAGCAAGUUUCCAAAGAAUACAAAGUCCAACGUACCUUUUUUUCUCCAAAUUUGCUAGGCUGAAUAUAUGUCCAACAUGCACAUGCAUUGAUUCAUUUUUCAUCCCAGUUGUUUCUGGUCAUAUCUGCAGAUUCUUGUAUGCAAAUUAGCAAGCAUUCCAUAAGCUCCGCCCACCUCAUCUACUCUUGCUGUUUUCACUGCUUUAAAAAUAUAUAAACAAAAAAAAAGUAUUUAUGAAGAUUGUUUUGCAUCACAUAGCUAAGUGUUAUAUUUAUAUAUUUUAAACCGUGCGUUAAUUUUUUUCUGGUAAUUAAGUUAUUUGUGUUAAUGUUGCAUAAUAACGCACCAAGUGCAGAACAUUUUUGUAGUGAUGUAUGUGCAGCCAUCUUCGUAGCAAACUAAUUAUGGGGGACUUAUUUUACAGAGCUGCUACAAAGUAUGAAAUCUUUAAGACUGUUUUUACCUUUUACGUACCAAAAUCAAUGGAAGACACUGUGCUUGGCUCAUGGGCUUUGGUUUUCCUUUGUAAAAAUGAAAAGCUUAUAGCCUUAAAAUGGCUAGCUGUAUUGUUUCUUUGGUCUAAUUUUUUUUUAACAAUCAACUUUUACAAUAUCUGACUGACUACUUACUUGCUGUUCCACCAAGCAAACUGAGUAUUUCUGCUUGCCAUGUUUGCCUGCUUAUGCUCAGCCGCUCUGUAAAAUUGGUCCCCCAGCUGUACAUGUAACAUCUCAUUUCUAUUAUCAUAUUACAUGACAAUUAUUAUAUAAUAAACCACUUGCUGUGAAUCCA